CGAAGUGUAGCAGAGCUCAUGGGUGUCAAAUCAAAACGAUCACAUGACAUUGAAAACGUAUCAUCCCCUCUAUUUUCUGAAUUUGGUCAACACGAAGAUCUUACAAACCGCAUCAAAGGUAUACUACAGGGAUAUCCAUGUGACGAAUCUAUACUUAAAGAGUUGUUACAGAAUGCUGAUGAUGCAGGGGCUACAGAGGUGAUUUUCAUAAAAGACUUCAGACAGCUUGAAACAAACAGUCUACCAGAUGAUAAAUUAAGUCAGAUACAAGGACCUGCACUCUGUAUAUACAAUAACACCUGCUUUUCUGAAAGAGAUCUGAACGGUAUACAAGCUCUGGGUUCAGGAAGUAAACGUGACGAAAUGCUUAAAACUGGUCAGUACGGAGUGGGCUUUAAUGUGGUUUACCACGUUACAGACGUCCCAUCAUUCUGGUCAAAAGGUAGUGAAAUUGGAGAAUUAGUUUGUAUCUGCGACCCCCAUUGUAAAUAUCUACAGAGUGCAACUGGACGAACACCUGGAAGCAAAAUUAAAGUUUCUGGGCUGAGAGGAAGGUACACAGACUUUAUGGAAGGUUAUCUACCCAAAUUUACGAAUAAAUUGGAUAAAGGAACAUUAUUUCGUCUACCACUACGAACGGAAGACAUGGCAGCAAAUUCAGAGAUAAGAAGUGAACAAACAACAACACAAGAUAUAGAAGAUAUCAUCACACUGCUUAAAGGGCAGAUAAGUCCUUGUAUGAUCUUUCUAGAGAACAUCACAAAAAUUAAGAUAGCUUCAGUUGAUCAAAACGGAGAUCUAAUUAUUGAACAUGAAAUCAGUCUUUCAGGUGAGGUAAAUGGAAAUGCAUAUUGUACGUUACCACUUCCCAUUCAAACAGGUCUACCAGUACAUAUAAAUGGACAAUUUACUUUAGAUCAUGAAUCAAGGCGGAAUUUAAGGUGCGAAAAAGAUUCAGUUGAAGGACAGUGGAAUGAACAUCUAGCGAAAUAUGUCAUCGUUCCAGCUUACAUUUCAGCUCUAACUUAUAUUAAAGAAUAG